AUGCCAGGAAUUAUUUGGGAAGAGCUUGACUCAACAACCAUGUCGCGGCUCGGAGUCGACCUUAUCCACGAUGAAUUGGCCCGACGCGAGUUAGAGAGCACCGGCUCUAAGGAAGAGCUCAUUCAGCGCCUCGAAGCCGACAUUCACCAACGUCGUGAAGCAACGCCACGGUCAAGCGUGGAGAGGGCGGGUACCGCCGGCAACUCAGGUUUGACCCUUGAUACCGCGACGCUCGAAAGUCUGGCACUUCUGUUCCAACAGCUGCCACGCCCCUCGACUACAGUUACCACACUGCCAGACCUGUCGUCAUCGAUUGCGUACUUCGAUCAGUCUCCAGCACAAAAUGUUAAUGUCUGGCUCAAUGACAUCCGCCGGGUACAGCAGCUUGCCGCAUGGGACGACGCCACCACCCGUCUCAUUGCCGCAAGUAAACUGAAAGGCACAGCUCGUAAUUGGCACCUCGCUUUUGGAAAUCACCAUUCAACCUGGGAAACAUGGAGCGCCGCCCUGAAGGAAACAUUUUCAUCGGAGCUGACCCUCAUCGAAUGGCAGGAACGCGUCAUAAAGAUCAGACAGGGCCCAGGCGAGAGCCUACAAGAAUACGCUUACGCAAAGCUGCGUGUGGUUGAAAGCUGCCCCGUCACCCUUACCGACGCCCAGAAAAUUGAUUACCUACUACAAGGUCUUCAAGAACCACAUGUCAUUGCGGCCAUCGCGGCUAAUAGGCCGUUAACAGUGCGUGACUUCAUGUCCACGUGCACAAGCCUAGACAAGUGCACUCAACGUGCCCAUGACAGGGCAAGCGUAAAACAGCCGCUGCUUCCACAGAAGCCACCCCCUCGUUCAUUUCAAAGUGGCAAUUCAGGACGUCAGCAAUAUAACUAUCAGCCACCAGCUCCGCCAACAGCUACAACAGCACAGCCAAGACAGCGCAUUUCCGAGUUGCCUAAGGAACAACAGGAACGAAGAUACGAAGCCAUUUCUGCGCAGUAUGGGGCCCCAGCAUUCCGGAGCGGCCAAGACAUCGCACAAGCAACUUGUUACAAGUGCAAAGAGUUAGGGCAUUUGGCAUCGGCAUGUCCCUCGCGUAGCAACAGGGCACCACCGUCAAUCAUCCCUGAUGCCCAACAGCCACGGGCCUUUCACAAAGAGCCUCCCUGGCAAGUUUUGGCGGCGAAGACAGUGCCGCUGGAAAGCAGCACUGCCACACUACAAGUCCGCACUACGGUGCCUGUGACCAUCCACCCCGAACUUCCACCAGCCAGCCUAGGCAGCCAGCUCUCGCCUGAACAGCAGUCUGUCAUUGCUGACAUACUGGCCAAGAACAAUGCCGUCUUUUCUCGCCAUGAAGAUGACAUCGGUCAUUUUACCGACACUCAACAUCGCAUUGAUUUGCUGCCCAAUACCGUGCCGUACAGCCGCAGCCCUUACAGAUAUACGCUAGAAGACAGGCAAUUCCUCGAAAGCCUCAGCGCCAACAGCGUGUGCGCCACCUUCCCCGUCACUUGCGAGACUUCGUGCUUGAGUGACUACAUGAACGCCAAGUUAGACCAAGGGGCUUGGUCAUCCGGACGGGGUGGAAUGUGA